CAAUCCGCUUAUAAGCCUGUAAAUCAUGCACAGUCCCUUGAUGAUAGCCCCUCUUAGUGACCCAGAUACUCACCCAUUAAUUGUCAGUUUGUGUGUAUGUGUGUGUGCACAUGGCACGCACACACCUGUGAGAGAUUGGCGACCUGUGGGGGGUCGCCGCACGGGCAGCUAGGACAGGAUGUGACGUAGUUCGUUAAUCCUCUUAGGUUAAUUAAGCCGAAUUUGCAGCAGGUCUCACAGCGGAGCUCCGGUAACAGCGGGAGGACUCACCAAUCGAUUAGAUUGUAUUAGAAGUCAAAGGGAGGCUGUGGGCGGAGAAGCUCUGGAGGAGUUUGAACCAGUGUGAAGAGAGUUGGAGGUGCGGGUGUCUCUCUGCUGCAGGAUGCUGAUGCUGCCCCGGCGGAUGAUGUGGGGAGCUGUGACGCGUCAUGUCGCUCCGCGUCUCACCUACAGCUCUGCAGCAGCACAGCCGCAGGUGAAGCCAAAAAAGACCAAAUUUGGCCCUCUGAGUGACAAAGACCGGAUAUUCACCAACUUGUAUGGCCGGCAUGACUGGAGACUCAAGGGCUCUCUCAAUCGAGGAGACUGGUAUAAAACUAAGGAGAUCCUACUGAAGGGAUCAGACUGGAUCAUAAACGAGGUGAAAAUCUCAGGGCUUCGAGGAAGAGGAGGGGCAGGCUUCCCCACCGGCAUGAAGUGGAGCUUCAUGAACAAACCCAGCGACGGCAGACCUAAGUACCUGGUGGUGAAUGCUGACGAGGGCGAGCCCGGGACGUGUAAAGAUCGCGAGAUAAUGCGUCACGACCCCCAUAAGCUAAUAGAAGGCUGCCUGAUCGCCGGGAGAGCUAUGGGCGCUCGUGCUGCGUACAUCUACAUCAGAGGAGAGUUUUACAACGAGUCGUCAAAUCUACAGGUGGCUAUUAAUGAGGCAUACAAAGCAGGGCUGAUAGGAAAGAACGCCUGUCGCUCUGGGUUUAACUUUGAUGUGUUUGUGAUGCGGGGAGCCGGAGCUUACAUCUGCGGGGAGGAGACGGCCCUCAUCGAGUCUCUUGAGGGGAAACAAGGGAAACCCAGACUCAAGCCGCCAUUUCCAGCAGACAUAGGGGUGUUUGGAUGCCCGACGACAGUUUCCAACGUGGAGACGGUUGCCGUGGCGCCUGCGAUCUGUCGUCGAGGCGGAGCUUGGUUCGCCAGCUUUGGGAGGGAGAGGAACUCUGGGACGAAGCUGUUCAACAUCUCCGGUCACGUGAACACACCGUGCACGGUGGAGGAAGAGAUGUCUAUUCCUCUGAGGGAGCUAAUAGAGAGACACGCAGGAGGAGUGAGGGGCGGCUGGGACAAUCUAUUAGGAGUGAUUCCAGGGGGCUCCUCCACUCCCAUCAUCCCUCGGCACGUGUGCGAUGAUGUUUUGAUGGAUUUCGAUGACCUGGUGCGUGCAGAGACGGCACUGGGAACGGCUGCCAUCAUAGUUCUGGAUAAAUCGACUGAUGUGAUCCGAGCCAUCGCACGUUUGAUCGAGUUCUACAAACAUGAGAGCUGUGGCCAGUGCACACCCUGCAGAGAGGGAGUCAGCUGGAUGGAUACAAUGAUGUGGAGGUUUGUUCGAGGAGAAGCAGCAACUUCAGAGAUCGACAUGAUCUGGGAACUGAGCAAGCAGAUAGAGGGACACACCAUCUGUGCUCUGGGAGACGGAGCCGCCUGGCCUGUGCAGGGACUGAUCCGCCACUUCCGGCCCGUCAUGGAGAGCCGCAUCUCUCAGUAUAACAAGAAAAACCCUCCGAGAGCGCCAGAGAUUGAGAUGAUCUGAAACUGUGCAGGUGUCCAUUUCAGCAUUCAGUCCUUCAUAAGAGUAAUAAAAGCUCACCGUGCACAUUAUUUUUUUAACAUUGUUUUUAAAUAUGAAAAUAUAUCUGUACUGGUUAAGAAUGCACAGUUACGCUUAAAAUUAAAUUUCUUCCAAGUUUAAAAGUUA